AAAAAAUUUGAUAAAUUUGAACCAAAGGCCAUUAUUUUCUUAUCCAAAGUCAACAAAUUUAAUUUAAUUUCAGUGUGUAAAGAGUUUCUUGACAUACUGUAUUUGUGUGUGCGCGUACGUUUUCUUGCCUGUAGCGCGGACACUGUAGCUGAAAUCGGAGCCGAAACCGGAGCUGAAAGAUUAUUUAUAAGCUCUGGAAAAACAAACACACAAACACAGCUGAGCUGAAAAAGCUCGCUGAAAUCAGCUCAGCUCAGUUUGAUCGAUCUGAUGUCAGUACUGAACGAUAAUGGACUGCGAAAAGUUGCUAAGUGAAAUUGCGGUAAGCCCGGUCGUGUGGAAUAAGCACCAUACAAAUUAUUCCAAUCGUUUAAUUUUGGAAAAAACAUGGCAGGCGAUUGCAGAUAAAAUGGGGAAACCAGCGGAGCAGUGCAAAAAAAAAUUUAAAUAUUUGAAAGACGAAUAUCGCAAGGCUCAGCGAAAUGUGUCAAAACUCGCAUCAGGAGCAGCAGCAGCGGAGUCUCAUGUUUCGAAAUUUAAAUAUUUCAAUUUGAUGCAUUUUUUGAAGGAUGAUUUCGGUGGAGACGCCUGCGGACUAAUGGACGAAAAAUCAAUGGCAUUUAGUGACAAUACGACUCAAAUUAUGACGGUGCGAAGUGCAAAAGAUGACUUCGAAAAGGCAGGACCGUCCAAGCAACGACAAGAAGACAUGGACAAUGAAAUUAUUGAGAUCGAAAAAGAGAAAGAGAUCGAGAAAAUAGAAAAUAAUGGCAAUAACAAAGAAUCUGACGAUUUGCUAUUUUUCAAAAGUUUGAUACCUUUGAUGCCGAGCUCGCUGUCAGCAAGCCAGAAACUGCGGAUGAGGACUGACUUUCUAAAUGUCGUCCUGAAAUAUUUGGACGAAGACUAAUUGUAUUUAUUUUAAUAAUUUAUAUUUUUUGUUGGUAUUUUCUUAUGUACAAACAUUAUACUUUCUCUUAUAUUAUACAUUAUGCAUACUCUUAUUACACUCAAUUACAUACAAUUACAGUGGGGUGCAAAAGUGAGUACAUACUCAAAAAACUCGCAUGUACUCAGUUUUGCACUUUUACAAAAAUCAAAGAAAAUAACAUCGUAUUAAUAUUUUGUCCAUAGACCCUUAUUAGCUAUUACUUUAUUAACACGGUUUAGCAUAUUCUCUACCAAAUUCUCAAUAAUAGCUUUUGGAAUACGAUUCCUCUCCAAUUCUACGCGACUCCAGAGAUCGCCUAGGUAAAAUGGGGCUAAUUUGUACUGACCGAGCCGUCGUUUCACGAUUGACCAUAAGUUUUCAAUCGGAUUGACUUUGAGCUGGCCACUGCAUCAGUUUAAAAUUUUGAUUUCCUAGCCGUUCUCUAACAAUUUUCGCAGUGUGCUUCGGAUCCCCAUCUUGUUGAAAUGUUAUUUGUGGUUCGGAAUAAGCACAUUUCUCCAGAAAAUUGGGAAAAUGGGUUUGCUAAAUGUUUAAGUAGUCCUCUUUUCGCAUUACCUACGUGCCACCAUGUGAAACAUCCCCAAACCAUAAUAUUUCCAGCGCCAUGUUUAACAGUUUGCUUGGCAUGAUGUCUUUCAAGUUUCUCUCC